AUGGACGGUAUUUGGACAGAUUACAAUUUCAAAGAGAUCAAGUCCCAUUUUGGAUUCAAAAAAUAUGCCGUAUCAUGCUUGGUAAUCGUGUAUGGACUAAUUAAGGUAUUCACGUGGAUCUUCCGCCAAUGGGUGUAUUCUAAUUUAAAUAAUUUCUCCAACAAAUCCUCGCUACUGAAGAGAGCUACUGCCUCAUGUGGUGAGAAGAAUGUCAAACUCUUUGGUUUUUUUCAUCCGUAUUGUAAUGCUGGUGGUGGUGGGGAAAAAGUACUAUGGAAAGCCGUAGAUAUUACUUUGAGGAAAGACGCUAAGAACGUCAUUGUCAUUUAUUCAGGGGAUUUUGUAAAUGGAGAAAAUGUUACUCCAGAGAAUAUUCUUAAUAAUGUGAAAGUCAAGUUCGAUUACGAUUUGGAUUCGGAUAGAAUAUUUUUCAUUUCAUUAAAAUUGAGAUACCUAGUCGAUUCUUCGACAUGGAAGCAUUUCACUUUGAUUGGACAGGCCAUUGGAUCAAUGAUGCUGGCAUUCGAAUCCAUUAUUAAAUGUCCACCCGAUAUAUGGAUCGAUACAAUGGGGUACCCUUUUAGCUAUCCCAUUGUAGCUAGGUUUUUGAAAAGGAUUCCCAUCGUCACAUAUACACAUUAUCCGAUAAUGUCAAAGGACAUGUUAAAUAAGCUGUUUAAAAUGCCCAAGAAGGGUAUUAAGGUCUACGGCAAAAUAUUAUACUGGAAAAUUUUUAUGUUAAUUUAUCAAUCCAUUGGUUCUAAAAUUGAUAUUGUAAUCACGAAUUCGACAUGGACAAACGACCAUAUAAAGCAAAUUUGGCAAUCCAAUACAUGUAAAAUCAUUUAUCCUCCAUGCUCCACUGAGAAGCUAGUAGAUUGGAAGCAAAAAUUUGGUACUGCUAGGGGCGAAAGGUUGAAUCAGGCAAUUGUAUUGGCGCAAUUUCGUCCUGAGAAACGUCAUAAGUUAAUCAUUGAGUCCUACGCAACCUUUCUAAAAAAUUUACCGGAUUCUGUAUCGCCAAUUAAAUUGAUAAUGGCGGGGUCAACUAGAUCCAAGCAAGAUGAAGAUUAUGUCAAAAGUUUACAAGACUGGUCAGAAAACGAUUUGAAAAUUCCUAAAAAUUUGAUAUCAUUCGAGAAAAACCUACCCUUCGAUAAGAUUGAAAUAUUACUAAACAAAUCUACUUUCGGUAUUAAUGCCAUGUGGAAUGAGCACUUUGGAAUUGCAGUUGUGGAAUAUAUGGCUUCUGGUUUGAUCCCCAUAGUCCACGCUUCGGCUGGCCCAUUGUUAGAUAUAGUCAUUCCAUGGGACUCCAACGGGGAUAUCAGAAAAGUUCAGUCACAAUGGGAAUUGCAGAAGAAAUAUUUUGCUACUCUCGAAGAUGACGGUGAAACUACCGGUUUUUUCUUCAAAGAGCCAAGUGAUCCUGAUUAUAACACAGGCAAGGAUUCUCUAAGAUACCCCAAUUUGUCUGAACUAUUUUUGCAAAUGAUGAAAUUGGAUUAUGACUGUCUAAAGGUGAUGAGCGCAAGAAACCAACGGUAUGCAUUGUAUAAAUUCUCCGAUUUGAAGUUUGAUAAAGAUUGGGAAGAUUUUGUACUGAAUCCGAUUUGCAUAUUAUUAGAAGAGGAAGAGAGAGGCUGA